AUGGGAUUUGUUUCUUGGCAGAGUCCCUUAUUCAAUGGAUUUAUCAUGGGCGUGAUUGUCCUCAAUUCCUUGGUCAUUGGAUUCGAAACAGUGGAAGAAUGGAAGCAAGCACACACCAACGUGUUCAAAGCACUUGAUGAGUUCUUCCUGGCUAUAUACACCAUGGAAUUUCUAAUGAAACUCUAUGCUGAACCUAAAGGAUACUGGAAAAGCAGUUACAACAGAUUUGAUUUCUCAAUACUUGCGUUGUCAUAUGUCCAGGUCAUCAUGGAUGAACUUAAUGUAGGAGAUAAGAUUCUUACACCAUUACGACUUCUAAGAGGUUUGUGGACCCUUCGUUAGUUAUAAUAUGAACACUUUCUAUCACUGUCCCCAUAGUGGCUUAAAAUGUACUUAAAAUGUACUAACAAAACUGGGUACCCAUUUUCUGUUACUUUCAGUGUAGCUAGCUCUGUCAUGUUGAAAAUAUGUUCUAAUUCUCUUCUCUUAAAGGUACAAACUUAAUUUUUUGUCAUGGUAUUGUCAGUGCAAGUUAAUGAAUCCAUUCCAGGAAAAAUAAAACAAAACAGCCCUUAUAUAAUAGUAAACACCUACCUACUAGCUAUUUAACGCUGUCAAAACAUAAUCCUCUGUGGCACAGAGACAAAAUCAUGACUAGAUUGCUCUAAGGAAAAUUGAUGGGAGCCCAGUCCUCUGAAAUUGUGAAAUCCAGGGUACCCAGCGCAUGAUUUGCAGGAAAAAAAACUAAGAUUUUUAGGCACCACAGGCCACCAGGUGCUGCUAGAUCAAAGCCCUGCUAGACUCAUGGAGCUUUGCAGGGUUCUCAAUAACAGCCAGUGGCCAGCAAAAUUCACCAGCUAUUUCACGUGAACUGAGGCCGCCUACUUUUCUUUGGAAAAAAAAGACCCCAAAAAGCCAAAAUUUAAUGAUGUCUGUGUUCUGUCAAACACUCUAAUGUUUGCUCCAGAAUGCUAGAAAUGCAUUCUAAGAGGCCCAGAUUUUAAAAUGGUGGCAUGCCCCUAGACCCCCCUAGUAAAAUACCACGCACUUUUGGCGCUUCAAAAUUGCGCCUGUGGUGCUAGUUUUUUCCUUCUCCGCCUACUCCAGAGCUUUUGCCACCUACUUAAAACCUUAUUGAAAACUCUAGCUUUGGCCAGUUACACAGGUAACCCCCUGGGUAAUGUUGCAUGAUAUAACAUUGUGUCAAGUUUUAUAGCUAUACUUUGGAGACUGAGUAACGGGCCACAUCAACGAAUGCAUUUCCUUUGCAGCUGCCCGCACAUUGAGGACCAUAUCCUUCAUAGAAGGCCUACAGGUUCUAGUCACUGCAUUGAUUGAUACAAUCAGGAAUUCAGUGCUAAAUGUGGUGAUCCUGCUUACUAUGCUAAUGGCAUUCUUUGCUGUUGUUGGUUACUAUAUUUUUGGCUAUGAAGAAGAGACUGGUGACAAAGAGAACUGGGGAACUCUCAGUACAGCUAUGCUUACCCUCUUCACCUUUGUGACUGUAAGUGCAACUGCCUUUGAUAUUCAUGCUCAGCGAUAUGAGACCACAAGGCUUAUUAUUUUAUGAUGGGCAGCUGGUGUAAACACAGGAGAAUAAUUAAUAAUAAUAUAUAGAUUGGCAGCCCUUCUGUUAUUCCUCUGCUACCCUAAUCUGCCUUGUCUUUUGAUGUCGUUUUGCAAGUUCAUGUAAAACUGCAUUAACUUGAAGCACUGCAUUUCUUAUCACUUCUGAUUUCUUCUAGUUUUAAAUGCCAUUAAAAGUAAAAAGCAUGAUAUGCAAGGCCAGUAUAGUGUAAAUCAUUAUAGCAAUUUAAGUUCUUCUUUAAAUUUUUCUGAGUAGGGUUAAGUGUGAGUUGUUGAUGAUAAUGGUUUGAGAAACAUUUUAGUUGAUCAAAAAUUACUUCUUUAGAAAAGAAAUGGAUGUAGUCUCUUCCAAUUUGCUCCUCCCUUCAGCUUGUAGUCAGCUUUUUGAUCAUCAGCUAAUAACAUUAUUCAAAAGUUAAAGGUUCCUCUAACAAGUUACUUCAUUUUUAGGUAGAUGGCUGGACUGAGAUACAAAAAGAUCUUGACAAGAGGCCUUACAGCCAAUGGUUUACUGUCAUCUUCAUUUUCUUGGGACACUUUAUCUUUACUAAUUUAUUUAUUGGCAUAAUAAUCAUGGUCUGUAUAUAUAUAUUUCCCUUUAUAAUUUUAUAACUGAGUUUGUGAAGACAAGUUUUUUUUAUGGAUAAGCGAUUAACUGUGGUACUGACUCUUAUUUCCUCUGAAGUCCUGUUCACCUACUAUUACUGUUACUUUUAUUACUUUUCAGCUACAGCCCCUUUAUACAAAAUAACUUGGUUUUUGUUGUUUACAGAACAUACAUGAAGCUACUGAGAAGUUUAUAAGUCAGCAGAGACAAGAAAAAGAAGCUGUGUUACAGGUCAGUGCCAGAGUUUAAUAUAGUUUGUUGCUUUUUUGCCCCCGCAGGGAUUUUUCUCAGAGGGCAAAAUCCUGACAAGGCACUCUAGUAACUCGCACGUAUAUUAAGAAAAGUACUUACAGUUGAAAUAUACAGUCAGUAUGCCAGAAAAAAUCUUGAUUUGCUUGAACAGGGGCCACGAGGAAUGGGUAGGUAAUGAUGACGUUUCUAUUGUUUGUGCCCGCAAGUACAAAAUGGUUAGGAUGACGAAAAGACAGAAAAUCCAAAAGGGGCUGCUUAGGUAGAUUUUGUGACCUUUAUUGUGCAGUCAUACUUGGAUACCCUUUUACGUUACCUGUUAUUAGUGACAUUCUGUGGAGCAGUUGUUUUGAAAGUUACGGACCAAAAGACACUCAUUAAGCGCAGAUGAAGUUAUAAGGUGCAUAUAACUGUGUAUAUUAUAAACACUUUGAGAGUUUGCCAGACACGAGUUCACAAAUCUUUGAUAUGAAACCUUACCAGACACUCGUUCUCUCUCUUUGACCGGAAUAAGACUUAGCCCCAAUCAAGCAAGAUGAGUGAACACAAUGGCUAGCUUAUCACUAGCAGAACAAUGGGCGAUUACAGAAAUUUGCCGACAAUCAAAUUCUGUGCUGACUUAUUCCCUGCUCACAGAUGUCCUUCCACUAUAAAGUUUAAAAUAGGACUAGAAUGCACAAGCGUGAAUUGAUCAAACGUCCUAUUAAUUUCUAAGGCUUACUUUCCGGCAAAUAAAAUAAACUGAUUGUAAAAAGUGAAAGAGAAAUUGCAAAACUGCGCAUGGAACCUUGUGUUUUGUGCAUUUAUCUCACCUAUUGUAUGGAAUAUGUGUGAAAAUAUUCAUUAUGAAUCGGUAUAUUUCAAAGAGCUUAUACACAAUGAGCAAGAAUACUAUUGACCGACAAUAUACAGAACGGGGGCAGCUGUAGUGGUAACUGUUACUAGUAUUAGCUUUUUAUACCCGCAUGUGUUCCCAACAUUUCAUAUGUUUGAUGUAAGCAUAUCCAGAAAAUGCUGUGUUGCAACAUCAAUUACUUAAAUGGUGGAAACAGCAAAGAAAAAGCAACUGAUGGGAAGAUGAAGCUUUCCUUCUCCAGAUGAUUUAGGGAGGAAAACAUUAUCUGGUGUACUGAAGUGAUUUUACAGUCAGAUGUUUGAUACAAGUGUUUUGAAAGGCAUUAAAAUAAGCCAGUGGAAAUAAAACUGAACAUUAAAAUAUUAAUGGUUUAAUAAGGUCAGGACCUUCAAGAAAUAAUAAUCAAAAGUGUAGAUAAAAUGCAAUGUCUAUAUUUUUAACAAAUUCUCUCCUUACAUAUCACCAUGAUAAUAAUAUUCUUAUUAUUGUGAUAUUUUAGAUGAAAAAAGAUUUUCUCUUUCAAAGACAACAUGAUGAUGUGAAGGAGAUGUUGGAAAAGCAGGUGCUCUAUAGUGAUCAUGUAUUAAAACAUACCACACAGAUAACACAGAUAGAUUGUACUGCACUUAACACCCCCAUACUUACAGUAUAGAUAGAGAAGUAAAAAGUCAUGAAACAAAAUAACAAACAGACUAUGAAAUAGAAUGAAAAAGGACUAUUACUGUUUUGGAAUACAGUGUGAAAGAGUGAAAAUAUUAUUAUUUUUUGUUUGUUUAUUUUUGAAAGAAAAACAGCCAGUAUUCCAAUUUUGAAGAGAUGACACACAGCUUUCAGGAGACACUGAGGCAUGAUGACUUUGUAAUUAUGUCUGACCCUUGUGCUAAUCUAACCUGGAUAGAGGCAUUUCUGACUACAUCAGAUCACCUGGACCUCUACAUGCACAGGUAAUGAUACUUAACCAAGCAACACAGUUAAUUACUGUACAAUGUAACCACUGUCAGAAGCCCAUAAUCUAGAGUGAAACUCCAAUACUAGGCCUAUGUCUCAGAGUUUUCACAGACGCUGCUCUCUGUAUUUGUAGACACAUUGUCAGGGCUGUUGGCUAAGAGUCGGGGGCCGGAGAUUUUCCCCGGCUACUCUUAUAGGACACAAAAGGAAAAUAGAAUCAAAAGAACUUCCCAGCCCCUCUUACUAAUUAGUGCAUUUUGUAAAAUCCAACGAGUUGUCUAUUAUCAAUGCUGCAUUCUGAUUGGUUGAAAACCAAAACAAGAGCCUCAAGUCUAGCUUUAACUACAGCUAAAGUUGUUUUGUCUCAAUAUAUUUGACCAACUAGUUGGAUUUUACUAAAAUAGUUAUUCCUCUCGCCCUCAUGGCCUCUGAGUCAAUAGCCCAUUAGGCCUUAGGCCUCAUGGGCUAUUUACUUAGAGCCCAUAUGGGCUCAAGGAAUAAUUGUUGAAUACCCGGCAACUUGAAAUUUUAGCAACAGCUAGCCCUGCAUUGUGGAGCACUUUUGCAAAUGAAACUGGAAGGUCUGCUCAUGGUAUUAAAACAUAAUAAUAAUACCAUUAGAACCACUGACAAGAGUCUCAAGAAAGCAUGAAAAAUAAGUAAAAUACGACAGUAUAAAUAUUGUAACUUGCUAUGAAGAUGACAUGUUUAAAGAGAGGAAAUGACUUCUGUACAAGUUGUUUGCAAUUACAGUAUAAUGACUUUAGUAUCUACUCCAGAUUGCUUGGAAGAUUGCAUGCUGUGUUUUAAUUAAGGCACUUGUACUUUCAGAUGCCAACAGAUUCAAUUUCAAGUUGCCAAUGUCCUGGCAGAUAUGGCAGAGAUGAAACUAAAAGAACAAGAACAAGAGUCAACCCCUUUAUCAAGAGGAUUGCAAUUAUUCAUGAGAGCAAAGGCAGGAUUAGGCAAAAAGACUACACCUUGA